UGCAAUAGCACAAGGAGACAAAAGAGCCAUCGAAAUCAUUGAGCUUUGGAAGGGGCAAGUUCAGAAUGGUUCUUCUUAAAGAUGCUAGAUGUCCUGGUUAUAGAGGAUGUGUCCACUGCUUCAUCGUGGCCACAGUCUCCCUUCUCUGUGCCUCUGCUCUCACCAUUUCUCCCGGAGGAGUGAAAAAGGAGCUGAGACUAACCGGUGGGGAAAACAACUGCAGCGGGAGAGUGGAACUGAAGAUCCAGGAAAAGUGGGGAACAGUGUGCGGGAACGGCUGGAGCACGAAGGAGGUUUCCGUGGUUUGCCGGCAGCUGGGAUGCCCAACUUCUGUCCAAGCCCUUGGAUGGGCUAACUCCAGUGCAGGCUCUGGAGACAUCUGGAUGGAUAAGGUCUCCUGUACAGGCAAUGAGUCAGCUCUUUGGGACUGCAGACAUGAAGGGUGGGGUAAAUAUAACUGUACCCAUGAGCAAGACGUUGGUGUGACCUGCUCAGACGGAUCCAAUUUGGAGAUGAAACUGGUGAACCACAGGGGCCACCGGUGUUUAGGACGGGUAGAGGUGAAGUUCCAGGGAAAGUGGGGGACGGUGUGUGACGACAACUUCAGCAAAGAUCAUGUCUCUGUGAUCUGCAAACAACUCGGAUGUGGAAGUGCCAUUAGUUUCUCUGGCUCAGCUAAAUUUGGAGCUGGUUCUGGACCAAUCUGGCUUGACGAUCUGGCAUGCAGUGGGAAUGAAUCAGCUCUCUGGGACUGCAAACAUGGAGCGUGGGGAAAGCAUAAUUGUGACCAUGCUGAGGAUGUUGGAGUGAUCUGCUUAGAGGGAGCAGACCUGAGCCUGAGAGUGGUGGAUGGAGUGUCCAAAUGCUCAGGAAGGCUGGAAGUGAAAUUCCAAGGAGAAUGGGGGACUGUGUGUGAUGAUAGUUGGGACAUGUACGAUGCUUCUGUGGCAUGUAAACAACUGGGAUGCCCAACUGCUAUUGCCGCCAUUGGCCGAGUCAAUGCCAGUGAGGGAUCUGGACAUAUCUGGCUGGACAGUAUUUCCUGCAAAGGAGAUGAACCAGCUCUUUGGGAGUGCAAACAUCAGGAAUGGGGGAAGCAUUACUGUCAUCACAGGGAAGAUGCUGGUGUGACAUGCUCUGAUGGGUCAGAUCUGGAACUGAGACUUGUAGGUGGAGGCAGUCACUGUGCUGGGAUUGUGGAGGUAGAGAUUCAGAAGAUGGUAGGAAAGAUAUGUAGCCGAGCCUGGACCCUGAAAGAUGCUAAUGUGGUCUGUAGACAGCUUGGAUGUGGAUCUGCACUCAAGAUAGAGGCUAUAAUCUACUCCAAAAGUAAGGCGACAGAUACGUGGCUCUUCCCUGGCAUUUGUAGUGGAAAUGAAACCUCUUUUUGGCAGUGCAAAAACUGGCAGUGGGGCGGCCUUUCCUGUGACAUCUUCGAAGAAGCCCAAGUUACCUGCUCAGGUCACAGGGAGCCCAGAUUGGUUGGAGGGGAAAUUCCAUGCUCUGGUCGUGUGGAAGUGAAACAUGGUGAUGUGUGGGGCUCCAUCUGUGAUUUUGACUUGUCUCUGGAAGCUGCCAGUGUGGUGUGCAGGGAAUUACAAUGUGGAACAGUCAUCUCCAUCCUAGGAGGGGCACAUUUUGGAGAAGGAAGUGGACAGAUCUGGGCUGAAGAAUUCCAGUGUAGUGGGGAUGAGUCUCAUCUUUCACUGUGCUCAGUGGCACCCCCUCUCGAAGGAACCUGCAGCCACAGCAGGGAUGUCAGCUUAGUCUGCUCACGAUACACAGAAAUCCGCCUGGCAGAUGGCAAGUCCUCUUGUGAGGGAAGAGUGGAGAUCAAGGUGCUCGGAGCUUGGGGACCCCUCUGCAACUCUCACUGGAACAUCGAAAAUGCCCAUGUCUUAUGUCAGCAGCUCAAAUGUGGAGUUGCUCUUUCUACCCCAGGGGGAGCACAUUUUGGGAAAGGAACUGGUCAGGUCUGGAGGCACAUGUUCCACUGCACUGGGACUGAGCAGCAUAUAGGGGAUUGCCCCAUGACUGCUCUGGGAGCACCAACCUGUUCUGAAGGACAAGUGGCUUCUGUAAUAUGCUCAGGAAACCAGUCCCAGACACUGCAGCCGUGUAGCACAUCAUCUUCAGUCCAGACAACAAGCUCUACCAUUCCAAAUGAGAGUGAUGUUCCCUGCAUAGCAAGCGGUCAACUCCGUUUAGUAGGUGGAGGCAGUCGCUGUGCUGGGAGAGUAGAGGUCUAUCACGAGGGCUCCUGGGGCACCAUCUGUGAUGACAAUUGGGAUCUGAUUGAUGCCACUGUGGUGUGCAAGCAGCUGGACUGCGGUGUGGCUAUUAAUGCCACUGGUUCUGCUUACUUUAAGGAAGGAACAGGGAAUAUCUGGCUAGAUGAGAUCAACUGCAGUGGCAAAGAAUCUCACAUUUGGCAAUGCCGCUCACAUGGCUGGGGACGCCAUAACUGCAGGCACAAGGAGGAUGCUGGUGUCAUCUGCUCGGAGUUCAUGUCUCUGAGGCUGACCAAUGAAGUCCCUAGUGAGACCUGCACAGGCCACCUGGAAGUGUUUUACAAUGGUACAUGGGGAAGUGUAGGCAACAGCAAUAUGUCUCCAACCACCGUCGGAGUGGUGUGCCGUCAGCUGGGCUGUGCAGAUAAGGGGACCCUAAAACCCACAUCUUCAGACAAGACAUCGUCCAGGCUCAUGUGGACAGAUAAUGUGCAAUGUUCAAAAGGAGUUGACACCUUGUGGCAGUGCCCCUCAUCUCCGUGGAAACAGAGACAGGCCAGCCCUUCUGAGGAUUCCUGGAUCAUCUGUGACAACAAAAUAAGACUACAGGGAGGGCAUACGGACUGUUCCGGACGUGUGGAGAUCUGGCACAAAGGUUCCUGGGGGACAGUGUGCGAUGACUCCUGGGAUCUUAAGGAUGCUCAAGUUGUAUGUCAGCAGUUGGACUGUGGUCAAGCCAUGAAGGCACUCAAAGAAGCAGCAUUUGGUCCAGGAACUGGACCAAUAUGGCUCAAUGAAGUGCAGUGCAGAGGGAAUGAGUCUUCCCUGUGGGAUUGUCCUGCCAGACCAUGGAGUCACAGUGACUGUGGGCACAAGGAAGAUGCUUCUGUGCAGUGCCUCCUAGAAACGCCUUCAAAAUCAAAUCAUGGCACAGGUCACCCAGUCCUCACUGCACUCUUAAUCUGUGGGGCCGUUCUGCUGAUCCUUGUCACCGCAUUCCUCUUGUGGGCUCUGAAGCGAAGACAGACACAGCGGCUUACAGUUUCCUCAAGAGGAGAGAUUUUGGUACAUCGAGUUCAAUACCAGGAGAUGAAUUCAAGAGCCGACGAUCUGGACCUGCUGAAGUCCUCAGAAAAUUCCAAUGAUUCAUAUGAUUUUAAUGCUGAUGGACUAACGUCUCUGUCUCAAUAUCUUCCUGUCCCUGGAAUAAAAAAGGGAGCCAUGAGAGCCACACAGAGAAGGAAAAUGAUCAUUUAUAAUCCAGUGAGGUUAGGUUGUUGUUUAAGAGACCUUGACAGCCAGCUAAAUGGAGCAAGAGCCCAGUCUAUGCCCAGAAGGCCACAGCUGCAUCUUCAUACCAACCAUCCUCUAUUUCCUGGUAUUCUGCCGAAUUCACAGUAACCCUAUUUGUGAAUGUGACCACUUAAUAGAGAUGGGAAAUUUUGAGGGGGUUAAAUAAACAAUAUUGUUGCUGAUUUAA